UCGGUACUGAACGGACACUUGAAUUUUUGGUUCCCUUUACAUGCUAGAUUCCGAUCCCGUAACGAUGUCGUCAGCUCCCUCGGUACCGGAACGGUUGACUGAGAUAUUAUCUGCUUCGACUUCCCCGCUUGAAUCGCUGAUAGAGCUUGAGGGAGAGAUCAAUUUGAAAUAUUCGCAGGAUGGCGGAGCAAGUGAUAUGGAGUUUUUCAGCACAUAUUACUCUUCAUAUUUAAUAUGUCUUCUUCUUGACGAUGAUAUCCAUGAAGCUCGUAUGAUGUUCCGCCGUUUGCCUAUUACUCUACUUGAGGACGAUACCUUGAUGAAAGCUCUCGAAAAACUGGUACGAGCUGUUGGGACGAGGGACCAUGGGACAGUUUAUGAGAUUCUCAAAACAGCCCCAUGGCAUAAGCUUACUGAGCCUCUAGUUCAGUCCUAUACUGUUCACUACCGGAACAAGGUCAUCGACGAUACCAGUUUAUCAUAUAAGACUGUUAGGCUACCCACCAUCGUAUCAAAGCUAGGACUUGAGCCAGACUCGGACGCUAUGCAGGAUACUGGUGACGACGUACCAUCACAAUUGAUACAGGAUCUUUCUGCAAAAGGCUGGACCUAUGAUUCUGUUUCAAGGUUGAUGCAUCCCGCAAGGCCAGCAACUCAACCGGGUGCACAAGAGAGGAUAACGCUCGGGCAAAUAACUGCACUAAUCGGGAACCAUGGAAGUGGCUGAAGUUCAUGUUCCACCAUAGGUGGAUCGAAAACCUGCGAUUUAUGUACUCCGUAUACUGAUGCGGUUCAAGCUACACCAUUUAUUGGUCUUUAUCAUCCAACCCACGAAUCUUGGAAUUAUUAGUAGCAUCCGCUACUACUAAUAUACUCCGCGGGUGGAGAGAUCAUAUUCAAUCAUGCAAGGGAGGGAUUCCUCAUUAGAACUCUGCAAAGGGAUCUUUGUCAAUGGCGUGGUCAUGCUAGGAGUCAUUAUCAUCAUCAACAACGUAGGACAAUAGAUCAAUAGAAGACGGUACACCACUGGAGAAAAUUCCAUGAGUAUAUACAGCAAGAAACAAAUCUAUUGAUGCGGCUGCUUCCCUUCGUCUUUUGCUCAACAGACUAAAA